AUGUCACAAUCCUACGAGCGCGAACAACAGAACAACUCGCGCCUCGACGAACUCGCAUCCAAAGUCUCCGCUCUCCGCGGCGUAACAAUCGACAUCUACGACAACGCGCGAGACCAUAAUGUCAUCGACAGCACGAGCGAGACGUUCUCCUCCUUUGGCACCACGCUCAAAGGCAGCGCGUCGCGGUUAACGCGCAUGGCGCAGUCGGGCAACAAGGUUGCGAUAUUGAAGCUCGCGGGGAUAAUAGUGGCCGCUGUUGUGGUGCUGUAUUGGAUAUGGCAUCUUAUAUUCUAA